AUGUCUAGCCGUAAGUGGAUUCCUCGCGCCCGGUGGGGCAAGGCCACCCUCAGCAAGAGGUGGGCGAAGAGGACGGCUGCGGCGUUGGUGCACAUUUAUUUCCACAUCGCACACCUCGAGGUCGCAGAGGCGGCGGCGGAGUUGGGAUCCGAGGGCCCCGAGCUGAAGGCUGUCAGAGACGCGAUCACCGAUUUCAGGCCGCUGAAGUACGACAGGGACAGUACGUUCCUGCUGUACUUCUCUGGCCGGAUCCGGAACCUGCAGAGGCCAGUGCGCCCGGUGAUAUUGGUCCUCACUUGCUCCUUCGGUGGUGGGCACCGUGCUGCCGCCCAGGCGGUGUCCUCGUACUUCGCGGGGCUCGCAGAGGUGCAGAUCAUCGACACGUCGAAGGACUCUGAGUUCUUGGAGAAGGACCUGGUGUACAAGCUCGGGCAGCGCAUCGGGAGGCCCAACUGGGACCAGACCACCUGGUUCAACGACGUCAUCCUGAAGCGCCAGCUGUACGGCUGGGUGAACGUCAGCGAGGGCUUCGGCAAAGUGCAGGGGGCCAUCCUGGAGGACGGCCGGCGGUCCGGCAUCGCCCCGCCCCUCCGCUCCCCCGAGGGCGACAGCACGCUGAAGCGGAUCUUGCGGGGGCAGUUUUUGAGCUACCACCCCAGCCUGGUCAUCACGGUGUACCACAUGGACAUAAACCCCAUCAUGGCCCUGUGCGAGGAGCUGGGGUCCCUGCCGCUGCUGCACUGCGCCACGGACCUCGACGUCAAGAUGUGGGAGGUGUUCGGGCGGACGCAGCCCCUGUAUCCGAAGUUCUGCGUCGGCGUGCCCUUCAACAUGCCUGCCUCCUGGGACAGCGUGUCGCCUCUCAGUGGAGCCCAGGUCUUCCUGGCGGGAUACCCGGUCCGGACGCAGUUCCUGACGCCCAAGCCGUCGGCCGAGGCUGUGGAGCUUGCCCGCGAGACCCUGCACGGCUUGCGCACGGGCGAGCGGUUGGUCCUCGUCAUGACGGGCGGCGGAGGCCAGGAGGUGCCGUGGCCAGAGUGGCUGGCGAACUCCACCACGUGGGGCAGCAGAGCCAGCGGUGCUGGUGGUGCUGGCCCCGAGUCCGCACACGAGGAGCGACUCAGGCUGGUCGUCAUCGCCGGAAAGAACGCUGCGUUGGUGAAGAGGCUCAAGGGGGCCCUCAGGGAGGAUCGGAGCACGGGCCAGGAGUUGCUCCGGGGGGGCAACGACAGAGUCUCGGUUCAGAUCGCUAGGGAUCCGAACCCGGAGGCGGCAAAUCCGUUCUUCGUCGGGGCGGCGCAGCUCGCUUCGCUGAUGGACGUGGCCAGCGCGGCGAUCACCAAGCCUGGAGGCGGCAGCACGGCGGAGCUCACCUACCGCAGGGUCCCAGUCGUGCUGGAUGCCUCCAAGGGCGCCAUGCACUGGGAAGAGUUCACCAUCAAGCGCUUCGAGGAGGCUCACUGCGGCGUGGCGCUGCGCAGGCGCGACGCCAAGGAGCUGGAGGCCGCUCUGCGGCAGUGCCUGGACUUCCCGGAGGCCACCCUGGCCGUCGACCCCUUCGGCGUGCUGCUGGACACCGGCAAGCGGGUGCGCGCCCGCGCGAGCAUGCUCGCCGGCCUCGCGUCGCUGCGGCGGCAGGACGACGACCUCGCGGCCGGAGACACGAGCCCGCUCGACAUGACCAAGGCGACGCCCGACGCGGCGGUGUCCGAGCUCGGCAGCGCCAGCACGUCCAGCAGCGCGGAGCCCCCGGCCUGCAGCCUGCUCGGCGGCGCGGGCUGGUGGCAGACGCCGCUGCGCUGGCGCUUCCUCGGCGCCGGCGCGGAGCCCGCGGGCGGCCGCGGCUGGGAGCGGUCCGGUCCGAGCCUCUGA